AUGGUGAUCCCAGGGUUCCCAACCUCAUGCUGGGAGUGGAAAAGGUGGUGGUGCUGCAGUGGGUGUGUUUGUGGCUUAACAUGCUCCUGCCUGCAGUCAAAUGCAAUGGGGCAAGGGGAUGGCACUGGGGCUGGUAAGGUGCUGCUGGCCUGUAUCCCACACCCACAGGUGGUGGUUGUGGGCUCUUGGCCUUGUGUCCAGGGGGAGAAGAGGACUCUGGGACCAUGUUGGUCCCACCUUGUCCCAGUGGGGAGGUGUCGGCCAUCCCUAGAGUCAUCAACCCAACCUCUUCCCUGUGCUCAGCUCUGAGGAGUCACCCAAGCAAGCAAAAAUGGCUUACGUUCCUGCCCCACCAUAGGACUGUGCCCCUAUGUCACCAUCCUGGUCCUCCGUGGGCACAUCCUUGCAUCCCCAUCCAUGUGCCAUUUGGGCACAGCAUCCCCACCCCUGCUCUUCCAGUCUCAACAUCACCAUCCCCAACGUCUCCAUCCCCAAUCUCCCCAUCCCUGUCCCAGCUCAGCAUCCCGCUCCCACCAUCCUCAGCCCUCUCCCCCCGCCCCGUCCCCAUGUCCCCACCACCCUGCUCACACCACCAUUUGCAGCAUUUGGGCAGCGAAGCCCCUCCCCAAGUGCUGUGCCCCAAUGCAUCCGUGCCUCGAAAGCAGAGGAGUGGCCAUCCCGCUCCCGCCCUGGCCUCUAUGUGUUUACAUUCACGCUCUGCUUUGAAUAUUUUCCACCUCGCUCAAUGUAAAUGUUUACGGUGAGGCUGCAGGGCCGGUGCAGCGGGGAUGGCGUGGUGGGGCCACCCCACAGCUGCUCUUCCAUAAUGACAGCUGUCUGCCAUCAGAUGGAUGUGGUGCCACGCUCCUUGCGAGGGACACGGUGUAGGAUGGGAUGUCCCCACGCCUUGAGCCACAACACAGGGCAGCGGCCAGGUUGGCUCCAAGGGUAGAUCCGUGCUUGGGAUGCAGUGGCUGUGCACAGUGCUGGGCAGAGCACAGUGCUGUGUUGUGCAGGCUGCUUUGUGGCUCACUGCUGUGCUGCCCACAUGGCCACGCACGCCGUGGUGCAGCCCUGCAGGACGAGGCUCCCCCCCCAGCUAUUUUGCUGCCACAGCAAAGAGCAAACCCAACGGAGCAAAUUACAAGCAGACCAAGGCCGAAAUUUCCCAAAUUGCUGGUUGGGCUCGGGGCUGUGCUGAGCCGAGCCCUGUGGGCCCCCACCUUUCAUCUGCCCCAAAUUACACAGCACAGCCCGGGCGGUGCUGCCCUGCCCAGUCCCCAAAAACAGCAUCGUAAUGGUCGGUGGGUGCUGGCAGAGGGACCACCCCAAAUUGUGCUCUUUGCAGACAGGGACAGUGGUUCAGUGCUCCCCAGUGCUGCUUUAUUCCAAAUCUCAUCACGGACCCAUGGUCCUUGAGACGAGGAAUGGGGACACACGGCACGUAGUGGGGCCUUGGCUCCAUCCCAGGCUCUCCUCUCCCUUUUAGGAUUUGCAGAUAAUUUAAGGUCGGGAUAAAGCAGCAGCUGUGAGCAGCCGGCGGGCUGCAGGCAGACGGACAGAUGCGUUAUUUCUGGGAGAGAGGGGGUGACGCCGGGUGAAACCUGAACUGCGUCGGGGAUGGAAAUGGGGACAGGGACAGGAACGGAGACGCCCACCCUCAUCCCCCACCCUGCGGUCCCAAAGCAGUGGCUUCUUAGGGGGAUUCUGGCAGGGUCCCCAGGGAGGCGGGAUGCAAAUAGCAAGGGGAUGAGGUCACUGCUUGAGUUACUUCAGCCGCAACGGAGGGGAUGAGGGGCCAAGAAGGGUGGGAUGGGUGAUGCCCUCAUUCUGGAGAUGUUUCUGCACCUCAAGGCCACACUGUGAGCCAUCAAAAGUCUCGGGGAACCAAGCCCCAAACCCUCCUCAUCCCUGUCCCUGUCUUGGUCCCCAUCUCUGUCCUUAUCCCUGUGGAUCUCAGGGUAACACCACCCAACUCUUUCUGUCGUGGGGACACUGCUCUGCCACGGGAUGAUGGGAGCUAUGUGACAGUCUGGCCUCCAGGGAAAGGCCAAAGCUGAAAGGGGGUGGCAGAAUGGACAUCUUUGGUGUGCCUGGUGGCAGACAGGAUGGAUAGGGUGUAAGGGGGGAUGAGCUGGAGGUGAUGGAGGGGGUGAAUGAGGUGGACGGUAUGGGUGGGCGAAUGGGAUGGAAGAGACUGAUGGGACUGACGGGGUGGAUGGGAUGGGUAGGAUGGAUGGGGCAGGUGAGCAGAGCUCUGCAUGCAGUUUUGAUCCCCUUUUGUCCCAGCGCAGAUGCAUGAUCAUGCUUUGCAGGACCAUGUGUCCUGAGCCCACAUCAUGGCAAGACUUAGGUUUACAGGGAUGGGAUCCAGACCCAGGUUGGGUUGCAGCCAAAGGAAACUGCAUGGGGGAAAAGCUCACGUUUUGGGGCUGCAUGUAGCCCUGAAGGAACCACGCUGUUAACUCCAUCCCUUGCUACAAACCCCUCCUCCCACCCCCCUUUCCUCACUUGCAUCCCAAAAAGGAGUGUGGGGAAGGUGACCCCCUUCAUUGAGCAGCCCCCAGCCCAGGGCCGCCCCACUGGGAGGGAGCCAUAGUGGGCUGGGGGCCGCCUGCCCCUCUCCAGCCUCCCCCUGCUCCCUCCCCAACACGGCCCUAAUGAGAACAAGCUGGUCUGCUGCGCACACAGCCAGUGAGCUCAGGGCUACGGCGGGUGAAGGAGGAGGAGAGGAAGAAAAGGAGGAGGAGGGAACGGGACCAGGGCUCAGUGCAGACAGGCAGAGGAGCACGGGACAGACACGCAGUGCCGGUGAGGGCGAUGGCGGCGCAGCUGCCCGCGUGCCUUCUGUUGGUGUUUCUGGUGGCCCUGGUGCACUCGGCAGCCCCACGGCACGUGGCUGCGUUCCACGAGCCCAGUGUUGGCAGCGGGGAUGGAGAGGAGGCCUCUGCUGUGCCCCCCGCCCAACCCGUGACGCCGGGAAGCGGCCCCACAGUGGGGGACGCGGUGGGGACAGCCAUCACCAACAGCUCGGCGCCGGGCAACGUCUUGGAUGGGUUGGUGGAUUUCUUCAAGGAGUACAUGCUGCUGGUGGUGGUGGUGGGAUCGUUGGCCUUCGUCUUGCUCUUCAUCAUCUGCGCCGCCGUCAUCGUGCGGCAGAAGCACAAGGCGUCAGCCUACUACCCAUCCUCCUUCCCCAAAAAGAAGUACGUGGACCAACGGGAUAAGACCGGAGGGCCUCGGGACUUCAACGAGGUGCCUGAGAAGGCUCCAGACCCCGACGCUGAGGAGCCCCUGGACUGUGGACGACAGCUGCAGGCUGACAUCUUGGCUGCAGCCCAGAACCUCAAAUCUCCCAAUAAAGCGCCGUUGACCAACGGGGCCGGUGCCCAGGGAGAGCACGAGGGCGGGGGGGAAGAAGGCAGCGAGCAUCCCAUUGAGCCCCAACCCCUGAAUCAAGAUGCUGAAGGAGUGGGGUCAGAGGCAACAAACGCAGAGGGCAAGGAGGUCCAAGAUGGCUCUCCCAGCACCUAGUGCCAACCAUGGACUAGGAGCCGGUCUCCUGGCGGCCCUGCUCACCGCCCACCUGAACGUGGAGGCUCGAAGAAGCCCCGAUGAAGCCCCACACCCCCCUCCUUUACCUCCCCCUGACCCCAUACAGCCAUGGGAGGCCAUUUUUGAGCUGCGCUUCGGGCCGUUGAGGAGCUCAGUGCAGCUGAACCCAUCGCUUGUGCUCUUCUCCGUGGGUGCUUUCCUUGGAUCCCCCCCAAAAAUAAAGAGAAAAACCCAGGCUGGGUCUCCCCACCGUCCUCGCACAGCUUUUUUGCAGAUGUUAUUUUUUGCUCAUUAUCGCAUCCUGGCCCCCAGCCAGGUAACAGGGCAUGGAGGUGCCAUGACCCACGACUUCAUGACCUUCUAUGGUGGCCUAGAGACAUUGCAGACCCCUCGGAUCAGCUGCUCCCAUCUCAUUCUUCCAACGCCCCUCCCCCCCCCCCCUUCCCCCCCCCAGUGCUUUGUGGAGAUUGGAGGCAUUUUGGACUUGUUUUGGUGAGAAAAAGAAGGGAAAACCUUAGCCAACCUUAGCAGGAAGCAGUGACAAUGCCCCCGUCCUUUUGUUUGCAUGUCCUGAAUGUCACAGACCCGUCAGAAAGCACAGUGAACAGAGCUCAGAGAGGAGCUGGAGUUUUGCCUUAUUUUCUUAACCCCCUUUGCUAUGAAUAAAGACAUCUAUUAUGCACA